CAAAUAGACCCUCUGACUCAUCACAGUACUGUAUCAACAGCAGUUAUCCUUCUUUUAAUCGGAGCCCUACUUACACAUGUUGGUGCCAUCGCGGCUUCAAAGGAAAUCCCUAUCUUCUUGAAGGAUGUCAAGAUAUUGAUGAAUGUGCAAACUCACAUCAUGACAAUUGUGGUAAUGGUACACGUUGUGAAAAUACUGUGGGGUCUUAUAACUGUAUCCCAGUUCAUAGGAGUGCCAGGCAUGCCAUCAUCAUAGGAAUUAGUACAAGCCUUGGGCUAGUAGUAAUGCUUACUGGUGGAUGGUGGUCCUACGUAGCAGUAAAGAAAAGAAAGAUGAUUAAGCAAAAGGAGAAGUUCUUUAAACGGAAUGGUGGACUAUUGUUACGACAACAAUUAUCUUCAAAUGAAAUCAACGUUCAAACCACAAAAUUGUUUGAUUCAAAGGAGUUGGAGAAAGCCACUGACCGGUUUAAUGUAAACAGAAUGCUUGGCCAGGGAGGACAAGGUACAGUUUACAAAGGCAUGCUACUAGAUGGAAGCAUUGUUGCCAUAAAAAAGUCUAAGAUAAUUGAUGAAAGAAAGCUUGAUGAAUUCAUUAAUGAAGUUGUUAUUCUUUCACGAAUUAACCACAGAAAUGUGGUUAAACUAAUUGGUUGUUGUUUGGAGACAGAAGUUCCCCUACUUGUUUAUGAGUUCAUUCCCAAUGGAACACUUUCCCAAUAUCUCAAUAACCAAAAUGAGCAGUUUCCCCCAACAUGGGAGAUGCGCUUACAAAUUGCCACAGAUAUCGCCGGAGCUCUCUUCUAUUUGCACUCAGCAGCUUCAUCACCCAUUUACCAUCGAGAUAUCAAGUCUACAAACAUACUUUUAGAUGAAAAGUAUAGAGCUAAAGUAGCAGACUUUGGGACUUCAAGAUCUGUUGCAAUUGAUCAAACCCAUCUGACCACACAAGUUCAAGGUACUUUUGGAUACUUGGAUCCUGAGUAUUUUCAAACUAGUCAAUUUACAGAAAAAAGUGAUGUUUAUAGUUUUGGCGUUGUCCUCGUCGAGCUAUUAACUGGAGAAAAAGCAAUCUCUUCAAUAAGAACAGAAGAUACCAAAGGUUUAGCCUCGUUUUUCAUUCGUUCAAUGGAAGAAAACAAUUUGUUUGAUAUUCUUGAUGAUCGAGUUUUGAAAGAAGGUGAAAAAGAGGUCGUUGUGGUUGCAAAUCUUGCGAAAAGGUGCUUGAACUUGAGCGGAAAGAAAAGACCUACGAUGAAAGAAGUUUCAAUGGAGUUGGCGGCCAUUCAAACGUUGAGAAAAGGCAUUUCUAACCUUCACCAGCAAAAAUAUGAAGAGUUUGAAAAUGUUAGGACUGAAAUGUACGAGCAAUGGGUUGGUUCUACAUCAACAACAUUAACAUCAUGUGUGGAUAGUGGUGAUCAUGGCCAUCUUUUCCCAAUUUCUUCUUAAUCGGGGUACAAAAAAAAACUUGUGUUGUAAUUAUAUUUAUGUAUAUAUUUUCAUCUUGUAGGGUACUGCAUGGCUUUCAUUUUCUAGUGUUGGUGAGUAUUGUCUUUUAAGAAUUGCUAUCCAUUGAAGACAAGUUGUAAAUUGUAUUUUCUGGUAAAUUAUGUUAGGUAUUGCACUAUAAUCCUAUUUCCAUCGAUUGCAGUACUCUAAUGUGGUGUGUGUGUGUGUAUUACCUAUCAACCGACACUAGAUCAUAUUCUAAAUGUAAUUUUUGCUCCUUGGAUCA